AUGCAUCCAGGUCAACUAAAUCUGACGAAUGGAAUACCAAUCACAGAAUACAAGAUCUACAAUGACAGUAACGGGAAACAUGACCUCAUGCUGCUGAAGUUACCUAACCCUACUAACAUUCGACCAAUAAAACUUCCUAGUGAUGCUGAAUGUCGUAACAGGCCACAAACAGUGCAGAUUGCAGGAUAUGCUGCCAAGACAACGGGUCCUAAUAAUGAAAGAGUAAGGGGUGGAUCAACUACACUCCAGUGUGCAGACAUCCCUGUUGUCAACUGUUCACGCUUAAGGAGCUGCUUGCAGAACAGGAAUCCUCAGUCCUGGAAGCUCUAUCAACACUGGUUCUGUGGUCAAUCCAGUACAACAGAUACAUCUAAGGGUGACUCUGGUGGAGGAGUGGUGCAUGGUUGCAGGAUUUAUGGGGUCCAUUCCUUCACUGGUAACCAUACACAUGCCUGUGUUGAAGCAGCUGGAUUCAUUGAUGUCUGCAACAGCGGCUACAAGGGAUGGAUCAAAAGAAUUGCCCACCUCGUCCUUCUGUGCUGUGGCCAUGAAGUGUGCCGCGCCGAAGCACGUUACAAUUGCACUCACACUGGCAAAACGUACCGGACUUUCGGCUGUAACGGCCCAGGCAUGGUAUUGCCUAGUCUGUAA